UCGGCCCCGGCAAGAUGGCGGCCCCCUUGGAGCUCAGUUGUUGGGGAGGCGGCUGGGGGCUCCCAUCGGUACACAGCGAGUCCUUGGUGGUGAUGGCGUACGCCAAAUUUUCUGGUGCACCCUUGAAAGUCAAUGUCAUAGAUAACACCUGGAGAGGUUCAAGAGGCGAUGUACCAAUUUUGACAACUAAAGACAACAUUGUUUCUCAGCCAGCAAAAAUACUAAACUUUUUAAGAAAACAGAAAUAUAAUGCUGAUUAUGAACUCUCAGCGAGACAAGGAGCAGAUACACUGGCUUACAUCGCUCUCCUUGAAGAGAAGCUUCUUCCGGCAGUGCUUCACACUUUCUGGGUUGAGAAUGACAAUUACUUUACUGUGACAAAGCCAUGGUUUGCGUCACGAAUUCCCUUUCCCUUGAGUUUGAUCCUGCCUGGAAGAAUGUCUAAGGGAGCACUGAAUAGGAUUCUCCUGACCAGAGGAGAGCCUCCGCUCUACCACCUCCGGGAAGUGGAAGCGCAGAUAUACAGAGAUGCCAAGGAGUGCCUAAAUCUUCUGUCACACAGACUGGGGACAUCUCAGUUCUUCUUUGGAGAUAUGCCUUCUACCCUGGAUGCCUACGUGUUCGGUUUUCUUGCUCCUCUUUAUAAAGUACGCUUUCCUAAAGUUCAGCUACAAGAACAUUUGAAACAGCUCUCCAACCUGUGUCGCUUUUGUGAUGACAUCCUAAACAGUUAUUUUAGGCAUAGUCUUGGAGGCAUCUCUCCUGCUGGACAAGAAACGGUCGAUGCCAAUCUGCAGAAACUCACCCAGCUUGUAAAUAAGGAAUCCAACUUGAUUGAAAAGAUGGAUGACAAUCUUCGCCAAAGCCCUCAACUCCCUCCUCGGAAACUGCCGACACUUAAGUUGACUCCAGCGGAAGAAGAAAGUAAUUCCUUACAAAGGCUGUCACCCUGACAGUCAUUGUGCUUUGUGUCCAAAGUCAGAUGAUUGGUGCAGUAAUAUUAUACUAAGUGUGUGAAGGCAAAAAGGAAAUGCCAUGAAUAGGUACAAGGAAGACUCUAAAACAAAAGAAACUUUUUGUGACAUCUAUUUUUUUUAAUUAUGAAGCUUGUCUUUUGGCUUGGCAAUACACUUUGCAAAAUGAAUGCUGACCAAACUUGGGGGAAAGAAGAAAACACAUUGUACUGUAUAUAAAAAAGCCUGCCUUAAUCUUGGCAGCUUUUUGCCUUUGGUUCACAUGUUGCUGACCAAAAGCUCCAUUUCUGUUCUGAAUGUGCACUCUCAAUUUAUUCAAGUUAAUUUGUUCAUUUAGUUUUCUCAGACCAGUCUGAAUACCUAACAUGUGGCUCUUUGGCUGAGGCUUUUUUUUUCUGUUUAGAAAUCUGAUGCCUAUUUUAGCUGUUAGGAAAAAUAUAUUAUUCUAAUAUUGUAUUUACUUCAAUAGAAAAGUCUGUAUUUAACUUUAAAAAGCAAUGAAGAAUGUGCUUUUUAAUGAUGCUUUCAUAAGUCUAAUCUUUUGGGGGGUUAGUACCAUAUAUAUAAAUAUUAAAGGUGGUUACUUAUAGUAUUCUUCUGACUAUAUGCAGUUCAGUAGAACGUUAGUAUUUGCUGAUUUGUUCAAUAUAGGUUAGCAAAGGCUCUUCUAGUUUAUUGAGUGAGUGUGGCAGCUUUAGACCUAUGUAUUUGUAGUACAUUUUUAACUCUAGUCAUCUCUUUCUCAGAUUAACUUCAGGACAACUGAAUGUGUUGGUUGUCAUUGUUAUGCCAGGUUGUAAAGUCUUACUGAAACUUGCCCAAUGGUUAGACACUACUUAGGAGGAGCCCACCGCCAGAGCAGUAGAAGUAAUACCAUGCGUCUGGUCCAGGUUCACCAGACUUGGCUCUGACCAGUGUUCUUUCAUAAGAAGCAUAUCAUGCAGUCAAAAGCUUUAUGGCAACUAAUUAUUUUCCGUAUAGUUUAACUACAGGUUAAAGAUCCAAUGGAAUAAUCAGAAAUAGCAGUAGAUUUUAUGUUAUUUUAUUUUAUUUUAUUUUAUUUUAUUUUUUCCUUUUUCUCCCCAAAGCCCCCAGGUACAUAGUUGUGUAUUCUUAGUUGUGGGUCCUUCUAGUUGUGGUAUG